AAAACGCGCACCUGAUGCUAAUGAGCCGGUUCCAGGCCACAAGACCGGAGUGGAUAUAUCGAAAAUAUUUCACAGAGACGUCAAGGUUUGGUUCCACGGGUUCACGUAGACGAUACAAGACGCCGGAUUGCCCCUCAAUGGUUGACAGUGAUCGCUUGGGCGUAGCACAUGCGUGUGGGAUGGGGGGCAUUGAACUUUAUCGUGGAGCCAUGUCCGAAGCCGAAGGUCUCCAGCUCCGUGGUUUCGCCCGGAUCCACCAGAUUUUGCGAUAGAUGAUUCUGCAACGCCGCGAACUCAAGGACAGGGGAAAGAAAAUGAAAUGCAUGUCUCCAGUGUUACGUUUCGUUCCCGCAGCCUAUUUCGAGACUGUGCGAUUGCGAAAAAAAGUGGCGAGGGACGUCGCGGUGGACGGAAGAUCGAAGGGGAGAAUCUGUUUGUUUGCGAAGACGAUGGCGUGAUCUUCUCGUUUUCACCCAGCCCAUCGUGGCAUGUCAUUGUCACGGCGAAUGUGUUUAUACUUCCACUCGAGGGGCCAUUGGGCGGAGAAACACGCCCCCCGAGAGCCAGUGUCCCUCCCUGGACGUGCUGCCGCUCCUUUCUUUCCCUCUUGCCCGUCGUGUCGAUGCGCCGCCACCUCGACCCCGCAUACCCCCGCCGUGUUUUCCCACCGGUCAGCACGCCAUCGUAUGGCCCGGAAGGCUCGGACCUGGAUUCUCCGUUGUAUGCACCAAGCGAAGACGCCGGCAACAGCACCCGUCCCCACAACCCCUCGCACCUCCCCUUCGGCCCAAUCUCGGGACCUGCGUACGCGUCGCCAUCAGGCUACCCCGACGACGGCAGCAGCAGAAUUGAUGGUGUUGCCACGUCGCGAUAUCUGCAUCUGAAUCCGAAUCCGUACUUUACGACCAUCCCCAGUCCCUCAAGCGCGAGUUCGAGAUCAGAAUCCGUCGGCCACCACCACAACAACAGCUACUCGACUUCGCGUAACCAUGGUUUUUUCCCACUGGAAGCCCAGCAGCAGCAGGCUCGGUUUCACCAUCCAGAGCAGAGCAUGGCCUUGGGGGGCUCCUCGACCGGCUCGUACCACGCGCACCCCACGUAUGCCGGGGAGGACAACCGCGCGCUGCUGGCCGGGCAGUCGCAGUUCUAUGUGUCGGAUCUGCGCGGACUUCCGGUAGAGUCUGGAUCAACGGCGGUCGUCAUAGCAUGUGGCCCAUGCCGCGGACGGAAAAUCCGGUGUGACUCUAAUCGGCCAACCUGCUACAAUUGUGUCCGACGGAAGAAUGUUUGCAUAUAUGACUCGGCGCCGAGACGGAGAGGGCCCGAUAAACACCCUGGCACGAGACAGCGCUCGUGCAAGAAGAGGCCUGUGGACGGUUCGCUCCCUCCCCCGAAGAAGCCCAAGGUCAGCCCCGCCGACGAGGCCAACGCCGCCAUGCGCUCUGCCGCGCCGCACGCUUCGGCGCCGUCCACCUCGUUUCUCGCCCCGCCUCCUCCGCGUCCUCCUCCACCGCCUCCAUCACAGCUCCGGAUUAGCACAGAUCUGCAGCCGUAUUCGCGAUCAUCCUCCCUCUCGAGCCAGUCGCAGCUGUUCUCGCCCAGACAAGCUUCGAGUCGCACGUCGUCCAGUGUCAGAGAUCCGCGAUCUCAGUCGCCGGCGCCGGCGCCACACGCCUUCUUCCCAUCACCCUCCGCGCCGGCCCCGUCGGUCCAGCUGCCUGCUCCCUCCGUGCCCGGCCUCGAGCGGGACCAGCGACGGUGGUGGAACGAGUUCCUCGAUAUCUACCCACUGAAUCAGAUCGUAGAUGAUCUCAGCUAUUUAUUCGCCGACGCAGGGCACUGGCUGUGUUUCGUCAACGCAACGGUGUACAUCGACUAUCUAUGGCAUCCCGAGAGCAGGCUCAAGAUGCAACCCGCGUUCGUGUUGGCGGGGCUGGCGCUGGCGGAGCUGAUGCGCGCGAGCGAUGUCGAGCGCGGGGCGGGCGGGCGCGGGUGGGCGGGGUGUCUGCGCGAUCACGCGCAGUCCGCGCUGGCGCUCGCGAUGUCCGCGCGUGUAGAAUCGCUGGACCCAUCGCUAGCCGAAGCGGCCUUGAUCCUCGUCCUCUACGAAACCUCCGCGCAUCCGCUGUAUCAUCCCGAUCGGGUGGCGGCGGCCCUGCAGGUGCUCGACCAGCUGCUGCUCGCGAUCUCGGCUUUCACCGUCGAUAGCGGCGAGGGGGGCGCUGCGAAAUUUGCCGAAAACGCGGUGCCGAUCGUCCCAGGGUCGGCUGCGGCGGCACCGUGCUCGAGCGACCAUGCUCUGCGGUGGGAUCCCACGUGGAGCCCGCCCGACAUGUGGAAGGAGAGUGCGCGGCGGCUCACGUGGAGUGCACUGAGUCUGGCUACCAGCUAUCUCGUGCAGUGCGUCGCGUUCGAUCGCGAGGUGCCCGCGCUCGAAAUGACUAAUCCCGCCAACUACGCUCUCCUCUUUCCGGGGGAAAUCUCCGACCGCUCGAAGGAGUCUCCGUGGGCGCUCUACUGCAGGAGUCUUCUAUUAUGGAAUUUCCUCGUCCGUCUGCUUGCCCAGGCACCCAUCGACGCGGACGCGCUGCAUGAGACGUGGAACGAGACACUGGCUGUCCAGGAUUCACUCGAGGCUCACAGCUGCCACUCGGAGACGAGCAUAUCAUAUCUAUGUCAGGAGUAUAUCCACAACAUUCGAACCAGUGUCGCUGGGGCAAUCCGGAGGUCAGCGAUCCCGUCACUUGCGUCUCUCAAACCGUCUCAAAAAGCGCACAGGAUGAACGGCUUCUCCCGUGAUCCUCCAUUCAAUCGCAGCCAGACGGCCGAAUGGGGGGGUGCAGUCGAGUACCAGUCCCGCGUCAUCGCCCUGGUCAAAUCCGCCACAUUCCAGCUCUCUGGCCCGCAGGGCUACCCGCUGACCCGGCGGCCAUUUCAAGUGAGCUGGUUCCUGAACCAACUGCAUCUGUGCCUGCAGAUCCUGACGCACGACCCCCACUUCCUCGGCGCGAUGCAGCUGGGGAAGGACUUGCUCGGUGUCGUCGAAGUGCUGAACGCGCUGUGGCCCUGUAAACUCAACAGCGACCAAGCAAGAGCGCUUCGCUCUCAACUGACGCAGAUGGCCGUGCGCGCAGGCCUCAGUUCCCCCCUUCCGCCGAGUUACGCUGCGACGCUCGUGCGGCUUUAGUAUAAUCAACGACCCCCUUCUUUCGUUCUUCCCGGUUCGCUUCGUUCAUUGCGCUGUGCUGUGCCACUUCUUGUACCUUCGCUCAUCAUCAUGGACAACUCCAUGCAUUCCCUGCUGCUGCUGCUGCUGCUGGCUGCUGCUGGCUGCUGCUGGCUGCUUGCUACCUUAUCACCGACGUUCUUUGCGGACCCACGGGCAGUUGUAUCUCUACCUACCUACGCUCCCCCUCUUCGUAAUAUUGAGGCGAAUUGUGCGCUGUAAAUGCCUCCCAGUUGUGCAUAUUACAUGUAUAUAAUUCGAAUCCAAUGCUAUAUAAUUGCAAUCUCACGGAUGCUUGUGCUGCUAGCUCCGUUGCUU